UGGCAGCACCUAUAAACAUUCUGCCCGAGGGAACCAGGGGAAAAGCGGCUGGGAGUCUCUUUCUGAGGCUUCCUUGGCCAGUAACUGUUCCAAACAAGGAUCUGGUCACUCAGGCAAGAGAAAAUGGUUGGGACUAAAAGAGUCAGAAUCCAGGACAAAACGGGUAUGAUUGAAAGUCCUGGAAGCCAGAAGGCGGACACAGAAGACACCAGUAACGUGAACAAACUGGCUCUAGAGAUAGUUCGGAGCGCCAUCGCCGCUGCAGUGAAGUGCGUGGAAGAGACUGAAUACACCGUCAAGAACAUUAAAUGGAUCACACACGGUGAAUUCACAGCAGAAAAAGGCCGCAGGCAAAUUGAGAAGUUUGUUUCGACUUGGGAGUAUCAAGACCGCUGGGUGCACUACACACAGUUUAUAGAGAGGAGAGACGUGGUUCACAGCUACUACUACAUCUACUGCGUGCGCUGGAGUGUUCCAACCGCCGUGAGACCCAUGCCACAAGUCUCCGCCUCUGCCUACUUCACCAUCAAGAUCACCAAAAACAAACCUCCAGAUAUGCCCAUUGAGGUCUCUUAUAUCUUUGAGGGCCAUUCGUUAGUUCACAGACCAGGAAUGACUCGCUUUCGAGAAAAAUGGCUGAGGGACAUUACUGAGGCCAAAAAUAUUUUAAUGGAGUCAAUUGCCUUCUAAUUCAAUGGUGUCUCAUUCCUACAGAAUGCUUUAGGAUUGGAUUUCUAAUCACAAUGUGUUAAAAAUACGAUACUGCACA